AUGCAGGGCAUCGGUUACCACUGGGAGAUGGGCAUGCUCGGGCAGGGCGGCCUCACGCCCUACCAGGUCCUCUACGCAUGCACCCUGGCUCCGGCCAAGGUCUUGGGGUUCGGCCGCGACCUGGGCUCGCUGGAGGCCGGCAAGCUGGCCGACCUGAUCGUCUACGACGCCGCCGACAGCCCGCUGGACGACAUCGCCAACAGCCAGCGGGUCAAGUUCGUCAUGAAGGACGGGCGCAUGUGGGACGCCGCCACCAUGGACCAGGUCCUGCCCACCGCCCAGCCGCUCCCCGCCGGCCCCGUGCUCAACACACCCUCGCUCUGA